GGACAGACAUACUUAAACCGGAGAUGGAUGUAUCUGACGAAGAUGAAGAUGUUAUUUUUGAACACUCUCCCCUUCACCAAAGCCUGAAAGAAGCUGGUUUGAAAGAUGCUGAUCUUCAUCUGUGUAAGGGAGCCGCUGUUCAACUUUCAAGAUCGACAUGCAAAGAGGAGGUACCUCAAAGAUGGAAGCUGUCAUUGGAAUCAAUGAGGAGAUUUAUAAUGACUUUCCUGGGACUCACAAUACUUUCACAGGACCUACAGAGACUGACACGUUUUUACAAUGCAGAAAUCUUGAAAUUGAUACUGAAGUCAAAACUAAUGACAGAAGAGGAUAUGGACUUUCUGAAUACAGCGUUACCUAUACGGGACACCCUUACUCACAGUAUCACAGUCAGACCUACAGUUUUGGUAACAUUGUCCCUGCCUUGUCUCCUGGCCUACUUGUAUGGGCGAGUAGUCUACCCAGAGAUGCCAUGGAAAUUCCGCAGUCUGACCGAUGUGAUGGCUUUUCUGUGUCUGUGUUACAUGGUAGCAGUGAUCUUGAAAUGGGUUGUGUUGUAUCAUCAUCAGUCAAGGUUAACCCGAGGCUCCAAGCACAUCCGCCGACUUGUCAGCUCCUGUGAGGGACUGCUGCGUAUCACUGCCCGAUCUCUACGACUUGUCCAGGAAGCAGAGCUUGUAGCCCGGGGAUUUACCCUGGUGAGUCAGCAGACACCAGUAAGCAGACUAGAACAGAAUAGUCUCCACAGCACACAACGACAAUGUCCACAGCUGCGUGCUUUGCUCUUCCUUGUUUCAAGGAAGGCCAUGCUUUUAGCUAAAGAUAAGACCAUGGCCCUUAUCAACUGUUACCCCCUUAGUGGGGACUUAGAUGGAGCUUUAAAUUACCUGGCCCAGGUACCUGUAAAAGAAUAUGGUCCAUGUGUACAGACUGAUGGGGACGGAGAGGAGGGGAGGUCACACCUGUACAACAUCACUGAUGGAUUUUCUGUUGCCUCGUUGAAGGGGAUUAAACAUUUGUGUGACCUGCAUAUAUCUGAACUGUUCAGACGUUUGACCUUCGUCCUCUGUUAUUCAGGUGAAGAAGGUUUGAGAUUAGAGACAACUGAGAUGGAGGCCUUAGUGACUGGUAUACAUACCCCCAUAUCUAAGAAAACAUGGUCACUAGAGCAGAUGUACAAAUCUCACGCUUGCUUGAUAGAGGAUAAGGGGACACAGACCCCAAAGUAUACUCCUGAUGACGCCCACCCCCUCAGAGAGACGUAUAUGGCUGUCCAUAGUCUUGACCUCCAUCUACAAGCUGCCUGGCUCAGGGUGCGGUCACUUUCUUCCCUCUUGGAGACACACAUUGACCAUAGCAGUGCAGGUCAUCUUGACCAUGGUGAUGAAGGUCACACUGACCAGCUCAGAGUAAACGAUGCCUAUGAUAAACUCCGUCUGCAGGUGAAACAUGAGUUGCAUGCCUGUAAGGCAUGUUGGGAAGAAGGAAUCAGUCGACUUGAGAAACUGGAAAAGGUCAAGGUCAGCAAAGAAGCAAACCCCUUGAAGACAGAUGCUGUUUCAAAAGAGGUCCAGUCAGAUGUCCCGCCCAUCCCUUUGUUUGAAAUGGGUGAUCCCAUUAUAGAAGAUCAGGUGUUUGAAGCAUAUAUUACAGAAGACCCCGUUGAAAGCUAUCAGAACACUUGGGAUGAAUUCAUAACACCAGAAGAAAAGGCUAAAAAGAAGAAAGAAAAACAAGAAGCUAUGAGACUUCUAAUGGAGUUGAAAUCCGUCAUUUCUGUUCGUGCAACAGAACGGGAAAUACGAGAAAACAAAGCAUUAGAGAAGUCAAGAUUGCAAAGUAAUGGAACAGUGUCUGAUGACAAUACCUCUUCAGGAGAUAGCACUUUACAAGGAAAAGUGGCUAACUAUGGGAAGACAACUGUAAAAAGUGCUAAACAGACACCAGAUACUGUGGCUGACAAUGCUUGUUUGCAGUGUGACCUUGAGAGACAGUCUUAUGAUGGUAAAACUAGAAACAGAUUAUUUAACUGUACAAGUGAAGAACUACGUGUACAGAUGUUUCGACACUUGAAGGACGAGCAUAGCACAGAGGAUUCAAUAAAUUGUAAACAAACUGAAUGUGAUUAUCCUUUGGAUACUUUAAAUGAGGAAUCAAAUUGUAAUCAAGCAGAAUAUAACAAGUAUGUUCAGGAUGGAUCAGGGGAGCAAAGUGAGGACUCUGAAUCAGAGCAUUUCUCCUCGAGAUACAAACAACGGAAAGUCAGACUUCCUGAAUACACAGACUCUGAAUCGGAGGGAGAAGAAUUGGUAAACAGUUGGUGUAGAAUUAUUCAGUCAGAACGGGUUCAAUCUACUACUGAAAACAAACUUGACACAGGUGACCAGGAAGAUUAUGUCUCUAUUGACAACCCAUUGAUUAAGGGUCAGGAGACAUUAACGGAGAGAGUGGCGCGUCUCUCUGGGGCAAACAUGGCCUUCUCUUCAAAUGUGGCUGCCAUGGCUGCAGCAAGGUCACGUGACAUGGGCUUGUCAGAGGCUACCUUUGGAGACGACGACAUCAAUGAUGACAGUGAUGAAGUUGAUGUUAUCGUAAAGGAUUGAGCAUAUUAAUUUAUUGUGUCAAAAUAAGUGUUCAUACCUGGUUCAUGUUUUUAUAAACUCUGUAUUUUUAUUGGGAAGAAAUUGAGUUUAAUAGACAAAAACCCAUUCAAUCUUAAUUCAAUAAGCACAAAUUUUAAAUGUUUUAUGGAUGAAUAUGGUUGAAUUAUGAAUAUGAUCGUGAUGGAAAAACUAAUUCCUAAUUCCACCAAAUAGUAGCUGUCAUGAUCAGGAAGGGACUCUUUUGAAAUGAAGGCCAUUUAAAGCAUGUUGUUAAGGGAACUCCUUAAACAAUUGAGCAUGGCGGCAAGUAUUAAACUGCUGGUUGGUGCUUUUCAAUGAUCUCAUAUGAUCAUAUUUCUUCAUAUGUUUUUAGUGGUCUCGAUCUUUUGGUUCAGUGAAUUGUUCUGUAAAUUGUAUACUUUUUAGCAAGGCUUUAAAAAGUUACUGAUUGGUAGGUUAAGGUUUUAAUUGAUAGAUGCUUGAUGGAUAGAGACUUUCAACAUGUGUGCAUUAAAUGCUGGCGGUAGACACAAGUUCAUAUAUUUAAGACAGGGGAAACAAAUAUAUAAUUCUAAACAUACACAUCUAAUCAUGAUAAAACAUGUAAGUAGUUUUGUAAUUUAUUAAUAAAUUUAUGUCUCAAGUAUUCAUUACAGUUUAUAGCAGUAUUAAAAGAUUUGUACAUUUGAUAAAUGAA